CUUAACCCCAUAAAUUCUUUUUUACUAAAACAUCUGCCUUUCGGACGAAAAAGAAAUUUGUUUUUCUGUCUUAAUUUUGGGAAAAGGUUUCCUCAAACCUCCCAUUAUUACCGAGGGAUGAUUCCCGUAGGAAACUGAUAAUGCUUGAUAAACUUUGUCGCGAUCCUUCUCAUCUUGAGCGUUUACUGCAAUGGAAGCUUCUAGAAGAAAGAAAUUUAAAAGUAUUGAAGUUUUUAAAGCUGGAAAACAUUCAUGAUGUUGAGGAAUGGAAAGAGAAUAUUUAUUGGUUAAUGAAGCUGACAGAAAAUUGUGGUUUUCAAUGUGAAACAUUUGCUUUAGCUGUCCACAUACUAGAUAGUUUUCAAGGAUUUGUGAAGUUGCAAGGCAAAUACCUGAAAUGUGCUACUUUAUCAGCAUUUUACAUAGCUAUAAAAGUGCUUGAAGAAGAAGAAUUUGUUCCUCCUCUCAGUACAUUUGUUAAUUUUACAGGUGGAAAAUUUACAGAAAAUGACAUCAAGCGCAUGGAAAAAAUAAUUUUAGAAAAAACAAAUUGGGAUGUUAACCAUGUAACAAUUUGUACAUUUUUAGAAAUAUUUUUCAGCUUCAUUUGCACUCUGCAUUUCAAAACUUUGUUUGGUAGUGAUACAUUAGCUUAUAGCAUCUACCGAAAUCUCGCUAAUCAAGCCCAACAAUGUCUUUGUGCUACCAGUUUGUUUCAAUUUAAGAGUUCAUUAAAAGCACUGGCUCUGUUAAGUUGUACUUUAGAAAAGAUUACCUCUCGUUGGUUUUUAUAUAUUGAGAAAAUUGCAGCAUGUGCUAAAAUUGAUUUACAAGAAAUGCUUGCUUGUCGUGACAUUAUUAAGAAUGUUAUUUUUGGACAAAUUAAAAAACCACGUGUCCCAAGACUUCGCAAAUUUAUUCAAAGACAAUCUUUAUAUGUUUCACGUCGUUCACCAUUAUCGCCCAUUGUUGAAAAUCCUUUUGAGUUAGAAAUGAUGAAAAGGUUUAGUGAUUUUUCUAAACCUCUUGAGACUGUGACAGAGUGUGAUGUUUUAAAUGAAGAACUAAAUCGUCUUCAAAAGAUUUGUUUAGAUGAUAUUCAACAACCUUCUCCAGCUAAGCGUAGAAAAAUAUUGACUUGUGGAAUAGAAUCCAAAUUAAAUGCAUGUCUUAUGAGUCCUGUCAAGCCGUUGCCUGCUUAAGAUAAUACUCCCAUUGACGUGUCUUAAUUUACUUAAUUUUAGUUAAUUUUCUUUUAUGACAAAUAGACUUUUUAACUUUUUGUUUUGCAACUUUUUUUAAACUUCUGUUUGAUAUUUGUUAUGUUAAUAAAUUUGUUUUGUACUUUUGCUGUGUACUUUAAAGCAAAACAUGACUUCUAAAUUACAAAAGUUGGCACGACUUAAUAGGUGAACUCUGUAAAUCAAAAAUCUUAUUUAGUUUCUUGUUGUGUUUUGUUUUAAAGUUUAACUUGUUUUGAUCAAGUGUGUAAUUCUUCUUAAAUGAGGUUUUGCAUCACGUUUUUUAGGUUAUUAAUUUUAUUAUUUUUAAAAUAGAAUAUUUAAACGUCAAGUUAAAAACAUAACAAAAAAUGUUAAACUUGAGCAUACUUAAAAAUUUAGCUGAUGUUAAUUUUUUUUUUUUAGUUUUAAAAAUAUCUGAAAGUUCAGUAAUGAAUUCAGAUUUAAAAAAAUGUAUACAUAUUAUCAACAGCAGAAAACUUUAUAUAUAUAUAUAUAGAUACUGUGCGAUAUGUUUUUAGUAUUUUGUAACACAGCUACAUAGAACGAGAGCUAAAUGUAAAUUGUUUUGUGUGUUUUAAACACAAGAGUACAGUUAUGUUAAUAGUAGAAUCUUUUUUGGAAGUCAUGUAAAUUUUUAUGAGCAGCAAAAGUUGCACUAUGAACAUAUUAGUUUUUUGUUGUUACUUUAAUUGUAAAAUAAAAUAAAAAUGUCAAAACUUUUUAAAUGGACAAAAAAAACUUGUAUAAUAUUUAUAUAAAAAGGAAAAAAAAAGAUAAGUGUCGUUGA